AAUGCAUCUCGGAGAGCGCGUAAACAUGGUCCCGAUAAAGAGACUACACAAUGUCAAAAGUCUGCUAAAACAUUGUUCGAACAAAUAAUUAAAUACAAGUUAUACGAUGCGGAGCGCGUCAAGCAUUAUAUAUAACGAAGAUGUCGUAACUUUAGAAAUUCAAGGAAAAAGUCUAAAGUUUCCUUUUGUGUGGCUGAGAGACAACUGUCAAUGUGAAAAAUGCUUCCAUAAGUCAGCUAAGAGCAGGAUUCUUGAUUGGAGCAAAUUCAACCUUAACGCGAAGCCAAAACAUAUUCUUAAAGGUGAAGAUUCAGUGAAAGUGACGUGGGACGACGGUCAUACAUCGCAAUACAAUCUAAACUGGCUUCAGUUCCGAAGCUUUACACCGGAAAAUCAAAAGGAAUACAAUAAGGAGUUGUAUAAGCCAGCAAAAAUCACGUGGAAGGGUGAAGAUUUCCAUAAAAUAUGCAACAAACACGACUAUAAUAAAAUAGUAGCAUCAGACAGGGCUCUGUAUAAUUGGUUAUACGACUUAUCCACGUAUGGAGUCACGUUAAUACAAAACACACCGGACAAGGAAACAGCUAUCGACGCUGUCGUCAAAAGGGUUGGUUUUCCGAAACAAACACAUUACGGACUUAGGUUCGUUGUUGAACAUGUCACAAAUACAAAUAACGUUGCGUUUUUGUCGAGCAAUUUACAAAUGCACACAGAUCUGCCUUAUUAUGAAUACUGUCCAGGAAUUAAUUUACUUCACUGUCUCGUACAAACAACAUCUGACGGCGGAGAAAACAUUCUUUCCGAUUGCCAUUACGUUGCUAAUUAUAUGAAAGUACAUCACCCAAAACAAUAUGAGAUACUGACUGAUACAGAAGUAGAAUGGAGUGACAUCGGCGUGGAACACGGUAACGAGUUUCACAAGCUUUACAGAUCUCCUGUUAUAUGUUUGGACAGGCAUGGCGAUAUAUCAAGGAUCAAUUUUUCGAUACCUCAAAGAGGCAACUACUUCCCUGUCCCUAUUGAGAAAGUAAAGCCAUGGUACGAAGCUCACAGUCUCUUUUUUGAGUUAAAUCGAAAGUUUUCAGCGAAAUUCAAAGCGGAAAGUGGUAAUAUACUCGUUUUCGACAACAUUAGGCUGCUCCAUGGACGAAAUCAGUAUGAAGAUGGGAGGGACAAUGUGAGAAAAUUAAUUGGCGUUUACAUCGAUUGGGAUGAAGUAUACUCGAGAAUGAGAUGUCUAAAGGUGAAAUUAGAAAAUUAAAGUUAUUAUAAAAAAUCUACAUAUAUUAUUAUUAUCAUUAUUAGGUAUAUUUUUUAUAACUGAAAUAUUCAAAUCAUUUAAAACCAUAUAAUUUAAGUGACAUAUAUCAUUAUAUUAUCAUUUUGGUUUAAUAUUGUUUGUUAAAAUAAUUGCCUCUAUUAAAAGAAUUUCUCCUGUAUAAUGGACUAGUUUUAUUAAUUAUUAGAAAAAUCACCCUAACUUCACUGGAAUGCAGCCAGCCAGAUUCUAUUAAAUGUAUAUUGAAAAGCAUAACAGAAAUUAUAGAGUUAAAGUAAACUUUUCAUUUAUUAUAAUUCUUCAUUUUAUAGUACAAUUUAUGUUACAAGGGUGACAAACGAGCACACAGUCCACCUGAUGGUAUUGCUGCGGCCCAUAGACAUCUACAUUUAUCCACGUUUGCGAAUCAAAAUGCAGAUGCGUUUUCACCCGUGAGGACUAAAAAGGAAUGCCUCGUUUCCAGUAAAAACGGUCUCCAGUGCUCUACACUGACUCUAUCACGUAAAAUUCCCUUUAUUUAUUGUGAAAAUUGUUCCAACCCCAUUAAAAUUUUCACUUUAUUAGUUGAUGAAUAAAAAUUAAUUUUAUAUAAAUUUCUUUAUGUAACAGGAAUAUAGCUGGCCCGAAAAGGGUAUCAAAUUAUGAUUGGCCUUUUGGUUUUGUAUUUGAGACUUUUUAAUAUUAAUUAAUUUAUAUACAUCAAAAGGUCGUCUUUUUAAUUAAAUCUUUUUGG